AUGGCUUCUGCGUGGCAGAGACUGGGUUUCUAUGUCUCUCUUCUGAAAAGGCAGCUAAAGGGAGGGCCAGAUGUGCUCUGUUGGGGAAGGAGAGUCAUUCCAGGAUGUAAAAGAGGAAUUUACAGUGCCACGGGCCAGUGGACGAAAGAGUAUACGCUGCAGACAAGAAAGGACGUUGAGAAAUGGUGGCAUUCACGGAUAAAAGAACAGGCCUCCAAAACUUCUGAAGCUGAUAAAUCAAAGCCCAAGUUCUAUGUGCUCUCCAUGUUCCCCUACCCCUCGGGCAAGCUGCACAUGGGCCACGUGCGCGUGUACACCAUCAGCGACACCAUCGCCCGCUUCCAGAGGAUGAGAGGGAUGCAGGUCAUCAACCCCAUGGGGUGGGAUGCGUUCGGACUGCCUGCUGAGAACGCCGCCAUCGAGAGGAAUCUGCAUCCAGACAGUUGGACACAAAGCAACAUUAAGUACAUGCGGAAGCAGCUGGACCGCCUGGGCCUGUGUUUCAGCUGGGACAGGGAAAUAACCACGUGUUCCCCAGACUACUAUAAGUGGACUCAGUACCUCUUUAUCAAGCUCUACGACGCUGGCCUGGCCUAUCAGAAGGAGGCUCUGGUUAACUGGGACCCUGUGGACCAAACAGUGCUGGCCAACGAACAGGUGGAUGAGCAGGGCUGUUCAUGGCGCUCUGGAGCGAAGGUUGAGCAGAAGUACCUCAGGCAGUGGUUUCUCAAGACAACCGCUUACGCCAAGGCCAUGCGGGACGCGCUGGCAGACCUCCCGGAGUGGUACGGGAUCAAAGGCAUGCAGGCCCACUGGAUCGGGGACUGUGUGGGCUGCCACCUGGACUUCACCUUAAAGGUGGACGGGCAAGUCACAGGAGAGAAGCUGACCGCCUACACGGCCACCCCCGAGGCCAUUUAUGGCACGUCCCACGUUGCUGUCACUCCCGGCCACAGGCUCCUGCACGGGUGCAGCCCUCUGAAGGAAGCCUUGCGGAAGGCACUGGUCCCCGACAGAGAUUGCCUCACGCCCGUGACCGCCGUGAACAUGCUCACCCAGCAGGAGGUCCCUGUCAUCAUCGCGGCCGACGCUGAGUUUGAGGACUCUCCGGAUUCAAAAAUAGGAAUUCCCUGCACCAGCCCCGAGGACACCGUCACAGCCCAAGCCCUGGGCCUGUCCUACUCCGACGUCAUUGAGACGCUGCCAGACGGCACGGAGAGGCUGAGCGGCUCCGCGGAGUUCACAGGUCUGAGCCGGCAGGAUGCGUUUCUCGCCGUGACUGAGAAGGCCCGGAGGAAGGGGGUGGGCGGAGACGUGACCAGCGGUAAGCUGAAGGACUGGCUGAUCUCCAGGCAGCGCUACUGGGGCACCCCGAUCCCCAUGAUCCACUGCCCGGCCUGUGGCCCCGUGCCAGUGCCGCUGGAGGACCUGCCCGUGACCUUGCCCAGCAUCACGGCUCUCACCGGCAAGGGAGGCUCCCCGCUGGCCUCGGCGUCCGAGUGGGUGAACUGCCCCUGCCCCAGGUGCAAGGGCGCAGCCAAGAGAGAGACAGACACGAUGGACACCUUUGUGGAUUCCGCCUGGUACUACUUCCGGUACACCGACCCCCGGAACGCACACAGCCCCUUUAGCCCUGCGCUGGCGGACUACUGGAUGCCUGUGGAUCUGUACAUUGGGGGGAAGGAGCACGCCGUCAUGCACCUGUUCUAUGCGAGAUUCUUCAGUCAUUUCUGCCACGAUCAGAAAAUGGUCAAGCACAGAGAGCCUUUCCAUAAGCUGCUGGCCCAGGGCCUUAUCAAGGGGCAGACGUUCCGCCUUCCAUCGGGGCAGUAUCUGCAGCGAGAGGAGGUCGAUCUCACAGGUCCUGUCCCCGUUCACGCCGAAACCAAGGAGCAGCUGGAGGUGACGUGGGAGAAGAUGAGCAAGUCCAAGCACAACGGGGUGGACCCCGAGGAGGUGGUGCGGCAGUACGGCAUCGACACGGUGCGCCUCUACCUACUCUUCGCCGCGCCCCCGGAGAAGGACAUCCUGUGGGACGUCAAGACCGACGCGCUGCCCGGCGUGCUGCGGUGGCAGCAGCGGCUGUGGUCCUUGGCGACCCGCUUCAUCGAGGCCAGGGCUUCCGGAGAGGGUCCCAGGCCCCAGCGGCUGAGCAGCGAGGAGAGAGCCGAGGCCCGCAAGCUCUGGGCGUACAAGAACACCAUCAUCUCCCAGGUGACUGCCAACUUCACGGAGGACUUCUCUCUGAACUCAGCCAUCUCUCACCUGAUGGGCCUGAGCGGGGCCCUCUGGCAAGCCUCUCCGGGGGUCGUCCUCCACAGCCCCGAGUUCGAGGACGCUCUGUGUGCCCUGCUGGUGAUGGCCGCGCCGAUGGCCCCUCACAUAACCUCCGAGCUCUGGGCAGGCCUGGCACUGGUGCCCAGGAAGCUGUGCGCCCACUACGCCUGGGAUGCCGGCGUGCUGCUCCAGCCGUGGCCGGCUGUGGACCCGGAGUUCCUGCAGCCGCCCGACGUCGUGCAGAUGGCCGUGCUGAUCAACAACAAAGCCUGCGGCCAAGUCCCUGUGCCCCAGCACGUGGCCCGGGACGCGGACAGAGUCCACGAGCUGGUCCUGCAGAGCGAGCUGGGCGCCAGGCUCCUGCAGGGGCGCAGCAUCAAGAAGGCCUUCCUCUCACCCAGGACGGCCCUCAUCAACUUCCUGGUGCAGGAGUGA